CCUUCAUUUCAGAUAUAUACCACCAAGUGACUCAAAUGCUGCAAGCGAGCUGAUACAUCAAGGGUUUGACGUGACAGCUGUCGACAUGGCUUGGCUUUGCUCUCGGUCCCGAGCCCGAGCCCGAGGCUUUGACAAUUGCCUUCUUUUAAUAGUUGACAUUUCCACAUAGCUGCAAGGCACAAAAUUGAACCCGUGCCGGUGCGGCUCUUCCCUCACAACACCUGGAGACGUCUAUCUGAUAAGGAAGGAUGUCGGAGUCACGAUAUCACGAAGGCCUCGAGGUCUACUCGGACAGCGCAGCUCAUGCGCCAGAAGUCAACCCACACGGCGUUUACAAUCAGGGUUCGAAGGAUCCAAUAUCGGGUUAUGUUCAGGUCGUCGAGGCACGAAAGGGUCCCUUUGGUCUGAGCAUAUUGAGCCUAUGCGCGCUUGUUGCUAUCAUUACUGCAGUGGUUGUCGGAGCUGGAGUUGGUGGAGGUCUUGGAUCAGCUCUGGCCGACUGCAAGAAUUCACAAGUGUCUGAGGCCCCAGCUGCGUCCGCGAUACAAGCCUCCGCCUGUCCAACCCUCACAGCAAGCGCAAGCGAAACCACCGAAACCGCCGAGUCGAAAUUCUACGAGCCCAAACCAGCAGACCAAGUAACAAACCUCACUCUCCCCGACGCAUGCUCCCAACCAAACGGCAAAGACGACUACACCACAACCAACGGCUACGGCUUCACAUAUACCUGCGGGUUUGACUACCCAGGGAACGAUAUAGUGCCCAUACUGGCCUACACAGCAUUCGACUGCAUGCAUGCAUGCGCAAUGUACACCGAGAUCAACAGCGGGAAGGAAAACGCGACGCUCUGUGAUAGUAUCGCGUUUAAUAGAGAGAUGGCGAAGAACUAUGAAGUCAAGGGAGGGAAUUGUUGGCUGAAGACGGGGACGAGGGAUCUUUUUCCGGCGUCGGAUUUGAUGCCGACGUUUUUGUAUGCGAAGAGGAAUUCGUGAGUUUGAUGUUGGUGGGGGACUGUGAUGAUGGAUGACUAAUUGAUCAUACUACUUGGAUGUUUCUUUUUUUUUUCGCUUGGGUGUUGUCUUUGCGAUUGAGGCUGCGGGGAUGGACUCAUGAGAGCGUCAGCGUGGCUGAGUUAAAGAGUAAUAGCCGGACGGUCUUGGCAGUAAGACCAUCGCAGCGAUGAGGUUGGGCUCAAACGGGACUAGGAAAACAGCAACGACAUGAGGCUCUAGUUUCUUUUGAAUCACAACUAUGAGAAUUUAUGGCUAGAAGAUAUUUAAAGUAAAUGUCAUUUGCCAUCAAUCGACAUCCGAAUCGUGAGCUUGGUGUUUCAACAAGUUCAUCUUCAAACCUCAAACCGAUACGAAUACCCACUACUCAAUCACAGUGCUGACACACG